UUCUGCAUUGCAAGGGGUGGAGGCUGCUCACAUGUGUUUGUGAAAAGAUAAAUAAUAUGAAUGCCCUGCGCCGUGGCUUCGCCACUUUCAGGACUAUUGGCGUCCGUCCGUUGCUGAGCGCGUCUCCUAAAGCCCGUGUGGGUGUGGCAUUGCUCUGUGAGAAUGCAGCAGGGACUGAUUCCGAGACAACUGAACCAAAGGGCAGGGUGCCAAAGGAGGGUGAAGUAUUAAGGAAGGGAGACCUCUACCCUGAUAUUGGCUAUCAAACCAGUCUACAGUACAUGGACAGUGAAGCGUAUCGAACAGCCUAUGGAGAUGACGUAGUAUGGAGACACUACAGGCGGAAUUUCAAGGGGCAUUAUAAACCAGAAACCAGAAAGACGUGUAUUAGAGGAGGUGUGGUAUCUGCGGGCAACCCAUGUCCAAUCUGUAGAGACGAGUACUUGGUCAUUCAUUACACAAAUGUGAAGCUUUUGAAUCAGUUCAUUUCUCCAUACACGGGGGAGAUCUUGCCGUCUAAAAUAACUGGGAUCUGCCAAAAACAGUUAAAGGGGCUAAGAGUUGCAGUACAGAUGGCCCAAGAUCAUGGUUUAAUAGAAACGGCUGUGCCAUUUAAGAAGUACAAUUAUGCUGAUUAUUUGGACAUAAAACCUUCAUGACGAGCUAUUAAUUUGCUAGUGUGCAUGUGUCAUAGUCAAGGAUGAACUACAAGAACACAUCACAGCUGUCAAGUCCUGGGAUGGAGUCGGCAAACAAACAGCUGUCAGAAGGACAUGCUUGCAACAUCUUGCUUUUGGGGAAGAAGGAUUUUAAGAAUGUAGCCUGUUUCAUGGCAGAGGACUGUCCCCAUGCUUCCCUGAUAUUUUCCCUGAUAUGUGACUUGUGAAGCAUAAUGAUGUUGGAAUGGACUUACUGGAAAUCUUCAACCUUUUCAACCACUUAGGCACUUUUUUCCCAGUGGAAUUUAUGCAAUUAAUUAUAAUUAAAAUGAUGCUAAAAUGAUUUCUUUGUGUCAUUCAAGAUACAAGCUUCAUAAAACUAUAAAUAUUAUUUCUCUGCACCCUAUGGUUCUCCCGAAAUGCUUCAAAAUAUUGAUUGCCGAGGCGGCUGAAAAGGUUGAAAAAUUAGGGUAACAGCAAGUCUCCAGUCAACGUCGAGAAUGUAAUGUGCCAAGCUUUCCCUCUUAGCCCGUGGUACAGAGUUG